UUUUACAACUUUUUAUUUUUUAGAAUGUGUCAAAGACAAAUGGAUAUGUGUCAAGGAAUAACACCCCCAAAAUGUUCUGGACAACAAAAAGAAACGAAAAAAUCCAAAUUAAUAAAACAACACAAUAAAGAUGAAAAUAAAUAUAGAAAUGAGGAAAAUGAAUUUGUUGAUAUCCCAGAAAGUGCCCAAAUAGAAAAAGUUUUGGUUAAAGAAAGUGAGGCUGAUUGGAGCUUGGAUAGUGGGGUAGUGUUGGAAGAUGGGGGGACAGAGAAGGGGAAAUUGGUUAAGGGAAUAUUGAAGCAGAAGAUGAGGGAAGAAAAGGGGAUGAAGAAGAAGGAAGAGAUGAGUGAAGAUAAGGAAGAGGGGAAGAAGAUGAAGGAAGAGGAUGAAGAAGGGAAGAAGAUGAAGGAGGAGAAGAAGGAAGAUGAAGAGAGGAAGAGGAAGGAAAAGGAUGGAGAGGGGAUGAAGAAGAGAGGAGGAGGAAGGGACGAAAAUGAAGAAGGGAAGAAGAAGAAGGAAGAGAAUGGUGAAGGGAAGAAGGAAGACUCCAAAAAAGAAGAAAAUAGAGAAACAAGACAGGAAAAAGGACUAGAAGGCAAAAACAAAGAAAAGGAAGGACUUUUAGAAGAAAAUAAGGACAAAAAAGAAUUGGGACAAAAUGUCACAGUUAAAAAUGCAAAUAAUGAAGAAACCAAAAAUUUAAAUAAACUUGAGCAAAAAAUGGAAAAAAGAAGAGAAAAGAUUGCUGAGGAGGAAGAACAGGAAAAUGGGGGAGAGGAAGAGGUUGAAGCUAAUAAUGAUUGGAGUUUGUUGGUUAAAGGAAGGGGAAGAAGAGGUGAGUAA